AUGACGACUAUUCUAAUAGACAACUACGACUCUUUUACCUGGAACAUUUACCAAUACCUAUGCGAACUUGGCGCAGAAGUAUUGGUUUUUCGCAACGACCAAACAACCAUUCAAGAAAUACAGACAUUUCAACCGGUAAACCUUGUAAUUUCCCCGGGACCAGGUCAACCAUCCACUGACUCCGGUAUUUCACAAGCUUCUAUUAAAUACUUUGCUGGUAAAAUACCGAUAUUGGGUGUUUGUCUUGGCGAACAAUGUAUAUUUGAAGUUUUUGGCGGAGAAGUAAGCUACGCGGGUGAAAUUGUGCACGGGAAAACCUCGAAAGUUAAGCAUGACUCUAAGGGGAUAUUCAUUAAUGUGCCACAAGAUAUUGCUGUUACGCGGUAUCACUCUUUGGCCAGUCAAGCGGCGACGUUGCCUGAAGAGCUUGUUGUUACUUGCUGGACUGAUAAUAAUGUGGUUAUGGGGGUUAGACAUCAUGAAUACACUAUUGAAGGUGUUCAGUUUCAUCCAGAAAGUAUUAUCAGCGAACACGGGAAAACUAUUCUAAAGAAUUUUCUCGAACUUAAAGGUGGCAAAUGGGAAGAAAAUCCAACUUAUAAUGUCGAAACUCCACUCACUAAAGUCACAGUCAAAGAACAAGCAAUUCCUAGCAUUUUGGAAAAAAUACAUAAACAACGAUUGCAAGAUAUAGAAACCGCUAAAAAAACACCAGGAUCAACUCCUUUUGAUUUGCAGAAAUUGUUAUCGCUACAUGUUGCACCUCCGUUAGUUGAUUUCGUUUCGAGGAUCAAACAGACUUUACCGGAAUAUCCGGCAAUUAUGGCAGAGGUAAAACGCGCUUCUCCAAGUAAAGGAAAUAUUGAUUUGUCGGCUAAUGCGGCAGAGCAAGCAUUGGCAUAUGCAAGAGCAGGCGCAUCUGUAAUAUCUGUUUUGACUGAAGAAAAAUGGUUCAAGGGCAGUCUAAAUGAUCUUCGCCAAGUUCGUGAUAUAGUGUCUACAAUUCCUAAUCGUCCUGCGGUUUUACGUAAAGAUUUUAUCGUUGACACUUAUCAAAUAAUGGAGGCACGUAUUUACGGUGCAGAUACAGUCCUGCUGAUCGUCGCGAUAUUGUCGGACCAAAAACUCUUAGAAUUGUAUAAAUUCGCAAAAAAUCUUGGUAUGGAACCAUUGGUAGAAGUAAAUAACGAAGAAGAAAUGAAAAGAGCGACAAAUUUGGGGGCUAAAGUAAUCGGUGUAAAUAAUCGAAAUCUUCAUACUUUUAGUGUGGAUAUGCAAACAACCUCGCGUUUGGCCGAAAUGGUCCCAAAAGGUGUAAUUUUGGUCGCAUUAAGCGGUAUAACUGGACGCCAGGAUGUGAUCGAAUAUCUUGAUCAAGGUGUCGGUGCUUUAUUAAUUGGCGAAGCGCUAAUGAGAGCAGAAGAUAAACGUGCAUUUAUUCACGAGAUUUUAGGAUUAGAACAAGUAAAUAAAACUCUUUCGGACAUGCCAAAUAGACCGCUAAUAAAAAUUUGCGGUGUUUCAACUGUGAAUGCAGCAAUAGAAGCUGUGGAUGCAGGUGCUGAUUUAAUUGGUCUCAUUUUUGCAAAAUCAAGACGACAAGUACCGCUCGAUCGUGCUUUAGAAAUUAUAGCGGUAGUCAGAGAAUUACAAUCCGAAAAGCAAAUAAAAAUCGAUGACAUUAAACGAUUCACCGAAAACAAUAACAACAAUUCACCGCACACUUUAUCCGGACAUCAUAACUGGUUUAGGUUGCAUGCGACCAGAUUAAGUCGCGCACGUAAACCUUUAUUGGUUGGUGUAUUCCAGAACCAACCUUUGGAAGAAAUCACUGCAAUUGUGGACUAUUUGAAACUUGAUCUUGUACAACUACACGGCGAUGAACCAUUAGACCUUACCAAAUUUUUACCAGUCCCCGUGAUAAAAGCCUUUCAUGUCGAUGAAACAUUCUCCGAUCCAAUUCUCGUCACGCAACCAGGUUACAACGCUUUUUGCCUAUUAGACACAAAAGUAAGCGGAUCGUCAGGUGGAUCGGGGGUUUCGUUUGAUUGGAACAUUGCAUUAAAAGUGAAACAGAGUGCCGGGGAAAACUUUCCGUUGAUUCUUGCGGGAGGACUGACACCCGAUAAUGUUAAAGAUGCUAUAGAAAAAGUAAAACCAUUCGCUGUUGAUGUCUCUAGUGGUGUUGAGACUGAUAAUGAAAAAGAUCCGGUAAAAAUAAAAGAUUUUAUAAGAGCGGCAAAAUCGAUAGUUUAUGGUGCCGAUAGAGACGGUUCUAUGUUUUACAUAGGACCGGACCGUUAA